UAUUAACCCACCAACCUUCAACCCUUCCUCCCCUUCCUCAGGCAUCUGCUUGUAGCAUCUCCUUCCUCCGUUGACUCCCCUCUCCCCCCUCCUUCUCUCAUGCAGAACAUUAUUUCCAUGCAUCCUGGAGAGAUUGCCAGCUUCGGCUACCUUUCACCUUCAGAUUCACCUGCUUUCAGUGUCACCUCCCAUCUUAGCAGCCUCUUUGGACCUUAUCUCGCACAGCAACUCCAGACCACUCCGUUGAUGCACUGCCUCAGUAGCAGCGCAGCUUGGGAUGAGGCAGGCGGGCACCAACUGAGCGUAGCAGAAGAGAGGAGGAAGAGGAGGAUGAUAUCGAACAGGGAGUCAGCUCGGCGGUCGCGGAUGAGAAAGCAGAAGCACUUCAGCGAGCUGUGGACGCAGGUCGUCCACCUCCGGUCGGCGAACCGGCAGCUCCUCGACGAGCUGAACCGGGUGAUGAGAGAGCGUGAUCGGAUCAUGCACGAGAACGACCAGCUCAGACACGAAGAGACCGAGCUCCGGAAGAAGCUUGAGAGGUUACCGGCGGUGUUCGGCUGUGCUCCACAUGGUGCAGAGAAGCUUUGAUGAGGGGGAGAUGCUCUUUUUGUGUGUUCUUCCGUUCCCCAUUCUUCGAAUUCUCUCUUUGUGCGGCAUGAACAUUAGAAUUCCACCUAAAUAAAGAUAUAGAAUGUGUCCGACGAA